GAUCGAUCGGUUAGUUCUCGUUCCUCUGAGAACUUCCAAGCCCCAUCUGCCCUCACCUUGCCAUCAAAGUCAGAGGAAGGCCCCGCCAUUGUACGACGCACUUCUGAGUCGGACUGUGUGCCCUAUUGUGACUGCUGCUGCUUCUCUGCUGGAAGGCAGCAGAGGCUUGUCGAGCCAGAGGUGUAAUUAUGGGAUCGGCCGAGGGGAAUACCGGUGCUGUUCAGCUCCCUGUGAUUGAUGUCUCGAGGUCCACCUCGGAAGUGGGGAAAGGGAUGCUCGAUGCUGCUAUCAAGUACGGCUUUCUCUACAUCGACACCAAUGGCAGCGGUUUCAGCGAGAGCAUAGUAGAUCGCCAAUUCGAAAUCUCAAGACAAUUCUUUGCGUUACCCGAGGCCGAGAAGAAUAAUGUCAAGAUCAAUGAGGCCGACCGAGGUUAUGCAGGGUUGCAUGUGGAGAGCCUCGACCCGAAGAGCCAGCGUAAAGGAGAUUUCAAAGAGGCUUUCAAUAUAGGCGAGUCCAAAGACGGGCGACCACAACAGCCUAUGCCCAGGUUGCUCGAAGCUCACCUCGCCGAGUUGGGCGAGUUCGAGAACGCUUGUCAGGCUCUGUCCAAACGUGUCCUCGACCUUCUUGCAUUAGGACUCGAGGUGACAGAGCCCACCUUCUUCUCAUCGCGACACACCCAGCCCAGUGGCUGUACUGUUCGACUCCUGCAUUAUCCUACGAUCCCGUCAGAUGUCAACUACCAGCCAGACGUGGACAUCCGGGCAGGUGCGCACUCAGAUUACGGCAGCAUCACUCUGCUUUUCCAGAGACCGUCGCAGCCAGGCCUUGAGAUCAGAACGCCGGAGGAUACUUGGGCUCCUGUCCCUGUCAUUCCUGAUGGUUACACGACGUCGAAGACAUUCCCACCUAUACUCGUGAAUAUCGGAGACUGCUUGUCUUACUGGACCAACGGCCUUCUCAAGAGUACGGUGCACCGAGUCAUUUUCCCCAAGGAUGUCAGGCAGGGAGGAGAAGACCGCUACUCAAUCGCAUAUUUUGUGCACCCUGGGGACAAGACUGAGCUUGUGGCUGUCCCAAGUCAGAUUGUAUCGGAGCACGUAUUGGACGAGAAUUCGAGCGUAGGAUAUGGAGGGGGAGCAACGUCAAAACGAGCGAUGACUGCGAGGGAGCAUUUGAUGAACAGAUUAGAGGCGACCUACGGAUUCAGACAGAACGCAAAGGAGGUGGCCGCUACUGCAUGAUUCAUAGCAAUGAGGUGGCGGUGUGUAUGCAUAGACUCGUGAUGUUGAGAAAGCAUUCUUCUGC